AUGUCUGAUCUUGCGGAAACCAACUCCCAGAUACCUCCCGCCACAGCCUACCCCGAGGCCGGCCUACCCGAGAACAUCAACCUGGAAGAUGUUCCAGCUGGAUGGGCCAAGUCUUUUGAGAAAUUGAUCCAUAGUCAGGAUCCUGCUUUGGCAGACGAUGCCUUUAUCCAAGAAUCCUUCUGGCGUGACCAUUUGUGCUUUUCGUGGGAUUUCCACACAUUGCAUGGCCACAGAGAAGUGAUCUCGUUUCUAAAGAGGCAAAGACAGGACUUCUUACUCCAGCGGAUAUCCGUUGACAUGGAUUGCCCCGAUAAGAAGGCCAAGCUAGCAGCAGUUGACCACAAUGGCAAAGUCAGAGGCAUACAGUUUUACAUCGACAUCGAGACAUCUUGCGGCAUUGGCAAGGGUCUUAUUAGGAUGCUUUACGAGCUUAAAUCCCGAAAGUGGAAGGCAUUCACCGUGUACACAGCUCUGCGUGAAAUUCGUGGCCACGAAGAAACCGUCAAGAAUAAACGGGUAACAGGGCUUUUGUACAAGCGUUCCGGAGCAAGCAUUGCGUUUGACGCCUGGCAAUCGAUCAAGGCAGCACCAAAGGACGACUUUGCAGACAGUAUGGAGCCGACAGUUUUGAUUAUUGGAUCCGGCCAGGCUGGCCUUGCUUGCGGUGCUCGCCUUCUGCAACUCGGUAUUCAGUGCUUGAUUAUAGACCGGAAUUCCGAAGUAGGAGACAACUGGCGUAACCGAUAUAGUCGUCUUGUGCUUCACGAUCCUGUCUGGUACAAUCAUAUGCCCUACUUGCCAUUUCCUAGUAACUGGCCAAUCUUUGCACCUCGGGAAAAGCUUGCAGCAUGGAUGCAGGCCUAUGCCCGAAUUAUGGACUUGAGUGUAUUGACCUCAACAACAGUCCUGAGAGCAGAAUGGGAGGGCGCAUAUUGGAACGUAACACUUGAACGGAAGACCCAAGAUGGGCCCAGGAAGAUGCGACAACUCCGCCCUCGCCACAUCAUACAAGCCACGGGCGUGAACGGCGAACCCAAAAUCCCCAAGGUAGAAGGUAUGGCCACCUUCCAGGGCCGUGUUUGCCAUUCGUCCCAGUUCUCGAGCGCUCAACCGACGGCGACAACAGGGAAACACGCAGUGGUAGUCGGCACUGGUGUUUCAGGUCACGACAUUGCUCAAGAGUUCUCUGAAUGUGGCUACGAUGUGACGAUGAUCCAGAGGUCCCCAACAUGCGUCGACCCGAGCGAUUACGUCCAUGGUCAGGGUCUAUACUCAGAGGAUGGCCCGCCAACGGACGAUGCAGACUUCCUCACACACAGCGUUCCGUUUCCACUACUCAAGAGAAGAGAGAUCGAGAAGACAGACCAAGUUAUGCUACAGAACAAAGAGUAUUUUGAUUCUCUGGAGAAGGUAGGCUUCAGAGUCGACAGGGGCCCCGAUGGCGGUGGGCGAAAGCUCAAGUUCUUGCAGUACGCCGGCGGGUCUUAUAUCGACGUUGGCGCCUCUAAACUCGUCAUUGAUGGCAAGAUUCAGAUAAAGCAAGGUAUCGUGGCCAUGAUCAAGCCACACUCUUUGAUAUUGGAUAGUGGGAUCGAGCUGCCUGCUGAUGAGAUAGUCUUUGCCACUGGCUACACAAGUAUGCUGGAGACCACAAAAGAAAUCAUGGGCGCUGAGUUUUCCAGCCAUCUGCAGGAGGUUUGGGGCAUUGACAAGGAGGGGGAGCUUCGUUCAGUUUGGCGGCGUUCUGGACAUCCAGGCUAUUGGUUUGCUGGGGGCAAUCUCGCUCUUUGCCGAUAUUUCUCUAAACUAUUGGCACUGCAAAUCAAGGCAGUCGACCAGGGUAUGAUGCGUUACAGUCACUAG